AGCGCUCGAGGUAGACAGAAAUUACUUUGGAAUAGAUGUGGUAGCAAAGCAAAUAAUAGAGCACAUCAAAUUGGAAAACCCAGUUGAAUGUAAUGCUAGCAUGUUGGAGCCAGGUCCGGUUUUGCCAGAGACUCAAAUGUACAUUAAGCAAGAACCAAUGGAAAAUGUGGAUACUUCACUGCAAGUACUCCGAGACGUCUGGGAGAGCCUGGAGUUGCAUAUCGAGGACACAGUUCAUCCGUCCUUUACUACAAGUGAUUCCGACAGUGCGAAAACUGCGAUGCGAGAAAACGAUGCCGUAUCAGCGCUGCGCAAAGAGCUAUGCAUGCCUUGGAACUCUGCUGUUGGACAGAUGAAAGAUAUCUCGGACCACAGCAUGAGCUGUAGCGAUAGCAGCAUAAGCAGUUGCAGCAGCAGCCAGAUUUCGGACGUCAAGAGAAUGGACUGCACGGAAGCGAGAGGCUGGUGCCGUGUGGAGCAGAGCCUCCCCAAGACAUAUGAACCGAACCUGGCACCUUUGAGAAUCAGGUGGGCCAAACCUAAGCCAAAGAGGCACAGGUGUGGAGAGUGUGGCGUGGCGUUCGGCCAAGCCCAACAGCUGCAUCGGCAUUCCUACAGUCACUCAGGCGAGAAGUCCUUUCGGUGCAGUUACUGCCCAUACGGAGCAACGCAGAGGGUGAACCUCAAAAAGCAUGUCCUGAGGAUUCACCACCUGCCCUUCGAUAACACAGAGUACUCUGACAGCCCCAGCAAGAGGAGGAGUCGGUUGGACACUGAGGCAGCGUCAUAACUCCGGAUUUGGAGCGCGCGUGAUGCACGUGGAGAACUCGACAAUUAUCUAGUUCAUCCUGAGGCCUAGUGCCACGUGUAUUGAUGAACACAAGUGUGCAGCCCUUUGUGUGCACAAAUAUUUCUGUGAUGAAAAGUAGUCACAUUUACUGGUUUAAGAAUAGGUUUGUUGCUGUAUUUGUUUUUCUUUGUAUACAAAUUAUUUCAUAAAUGAUUAAUAAAAAAAAAACUUAGUUGAAAAAAUAUGACAUUUAAGAGUAAUAUUUUCUUUGUACUUGCAGUGUUUAUAUGUUACCUUGAUUUUCAAAUGUGUUUCUGGU